AUGUCGAUCAAGUACGCUAAAGACCAGCCUGCAGGCUUCACCAACCGCAUCGAGAAUGUGGCCAUUGUCGGGGCUGGAGGCCAAGUUGGCAAACACAUCGCCGAAGAGCUUCUCAAGACCGGCAAGCACACCGUUACUGCCAUUACUCGCAUUGGCAGCAACAGCGAGCUUCCCAAGGGAGUCAAGGUUGCUCCGGUGAACUACGAUGAUGAGCAGACCUUGGUCGACGCGCUCAAGGGCCAGCAGUUCCUCUUCAUCUCCCUUGCCGUGACGGCUCCCAAGGACGCUCAAGCCAAGAUCAUCGCCGCGGCUGCCAAGGCCGGCGUGACAUGGGUCAUGCCCAACUCGUACGGCGGUGACUUUGCCAACAAGGCGAUGCAGGCGGACACCAUGACCCUGGAAGGAGCCGAGGCUGGCGUCGCCGCGGCAGAGAAGGCUGGCUUGUCCUGGAUCUACAUGUCCUGCAGCUUCUGGUACGAGUACUCACUUUCCAUGGGCAACGCGUGGUACGGCUUCGACAUUCCCGAGAGAAAGGUCACUUUCUACGACGACGGCAAGACGCGCAUCAACACGUCGACCUGGCGCCAAUGUGGCCGGGCCGCGGCACAACUGCUCAGCCUGAAGGAGCUGCCCGACGACGAGAACGACAAGUCGCCUACCAUCUCUCAGUGGCGCAACAAGCCCCUCUACAUCUCCAGCUUCCUGGUUUCACAGCGAGACAUGCUGGACAGCCUCAACAGGGUGCUGGGCACCACGGACGCCGACUGGCAGAUUGAGUACGAGCCCACCGAUGUUCGGUACAAGCGAGGCCUGGAGCUGUUCAAGACGGGCAACGUGGUGGGCUUCGGCAUGGCCCUGUACUCGCGCGCCUUUUAUCCCAACGGUGACGGCAACUUUGAGGCCAAGUAUGGCCUGGCCAACAAGGCAUUGGGACUGCCAGAGGAGGACCUUGAUGAAGCCACUAAGGUGGCGGUUGAGAUGGCCGAGGCGGGCUUCGCUGCUAAACGAAUCCGAGUCGUCUCUGAGCUCGCUCAGCACGCCAAAUAG